AUGAAGUUCACCGUGCCAUUGUCUGUUGCCAAUCUGAUGUUUUGUCCCGCAUGUGUUUGUCACCUUUCAAGGAAAGACAGUCUCAGAUUAUUGAAUUAUGCCGACCUCCACCAGACUCCGUCGCCUGAAAAUGAUGAGGCAGGGAGAUUGGAGUACGUCGAUAAGCCACCCUACCAAGCUAAACUGUCAACCGCCAUCGAUGGUGGGCACCCUGUUCGACGCUUGGCAAGUAGGCACGGCAGCGACAAUUUCGUGAACUAUUCAUCCAUGUCCAUGAAAGAGAAGAUUGAGAAUCGGCGCACCGGGAAGCCACGCAAUCCCUCUGAGGUCCCAGAGCGGACAGUGGUGGUCUCAAGCGCAUCAUCUCAACUCCACUGUUCUCAGUCGGGAGCUACGGAAGUAUCCGACACUGGCCAAGCGUCACCCGGUCUUAUCGAUGGUACCGAAAAAGGAGCAAAUGACAAUGUACAACGACCGGCCUAUUCGGAAGCCUCGAUAAACGAUGUUCAGGCUGUAGGGAGUGACGAGGACCGAGACAGCGUCGACUCAACCCCGGGACGGUCAGUAGCCCGCUUGCUUGGACAGCAUAUAUCACUCCUCGAAGCCAAAAGCAAUGAUGUGCGGGAGGGCAAACGGCUAUUUCUGGCAGCGGAUGAUGACCAACAAGGCACACGAAAAAAGAGGAAAUGCAAUAUAACGAUCGAGAUUCCACCUCGACCAACUGAUUGGUGGGUCUGGGAAAAGCUUGUUUCUCCGACAGAGAAUCGAGGCUCGAUGACGUCUUUCCAAGCCGUCGAGAUCCACCCGAAAAGCGACCCCGAGGAAGACCGAAGGCGCCAACCAAAAUGGACGCCCCGAAAGGCUGAAGCGACCACGCGGUAG